UUCAGGUGUGGAUACCUAAUACGUCUUCUUCUCCUUUGGACACAGAAUGGCUCAUCAUUUAAGUUCAAGGCCGAGCAGAGCAUCUGUUUCAGUUUCCAAUGUAACAAAAGCUUCAAAGAAUCAAGAUAGUGGACAGCCUAUCAUUCUGACUGCCGUAGCUUUACAAGAUCACAUUUUAAAAACUCUCCAACUUCAGCAUCUCUCAUUGGCUGAUCCUUGUAAAGGAAUCAAGAGUGCGAAGACGUCCGGGUUCCGAGGCGUGGACAGAAAAAUGGUCAGACCUGUUGUUGAUACUGGGAUUAAUAGGAAACAAAAAGAAAAAGUCACCGUCAGUCCUACAGAGGAGGAAUACGUUCUUGACCCACUUGGUCCAAAACUCACAUUGGCACAGAGACUUGGGAUUGUCGAGGCUCCUGCGACGGCCCUAACCAGCGAUGAGUGGUCCAAAGUGAAACAGCGGUCCGUUCAGCAAGGCGACUCUGUGCAGCCGUGUGUCAUCUGUAAGGAAGAGUUUAAACUUCACCCACAGGUUCUGCUUUCAUGUUCUCACGUAUUUCACAGGGUGUGUUUAGAAGCAUAUGAGAAAUUCACUGGAAGAAAAGCCUGCCCAAUGUGCAGAAGGAAUCAGUAUCAGACCAGAGUGAUACACGACGCGGCUCAGCUGUUCAGAGCAAGAUGUGCCACCAGGAUACAAGCUUGUUGGAGGGGAUACAGAGUGCGGAAAUGGUACAAACAUUUACGACAAACAACACCUCCCAAAGACCCCAAGUUACGGAAGAAGUUCUUUGAGGAGAAGUUCUCAGAAAUCUCAGACCGACUGGUAAUAUGCUGCAACCCAGACAUUGAUGGCCUGUUCAGUGAGAUUGAUCAGUCCGUUGCCAUAAGUCACAAUGUUUUCCAUCAGUUGGAACAAAAGUGUAACCCAGAAAUUGGCGAAGCAGAUUGGGAAAAAAUACAACUUCAGGCUGUUCGACUGGAGAUAUUGGACUGCCCCAUAUGUAUUAUGCCACUGUGCGCCAAUGAUGAAGAACACAGAAGCCCGUCUAUCCGCCCUACUGUCCUUCUGUCUUGCUCCCAUGUGUUCCACCAUGCUUGUCUUCAGGCAUUUGAAGAAUUUUCCUUGGGAGAAUGUCUUGUUUGCCCUUUGUGCCGCUCUCCGUACCAAAAGAAAUGUUUCUCCUGCUAAUCCUUCAC